AUGGUGAACGCAUAUGCAAUGAGUUUCACCUUCGUCGCCGCAGUCGUAUUCCUUGCUCUCAUAUUCUUCUUCACCGAUAACCCGAUAAUCAAGAUUUGCAGGAGACGUCGCCGCGACCCCGACGACGACGAUGGCGAUGGCGAAACGGAGCCCUCCAAUAACGGAUUCAACAAUGCUGGCACAGGUCCUGCGUACGGCAUGCAGGCGUCGAGGCAGGAUCUCGAUGCGGAUGCCGUGACCCUAGUAGACGCAGAAUCACACGGCCAUCCUCCCAAGGUUGAUUACUACACGAGCGGUUCUGCGGUACUCCCAAGUACUAGUAGCCUUGCUGUAGGCACAGAUGCAGCGAAUGGGACAUCCGGUAGCGAGGCAGCGGCUGCCAAGCUCCUUUAUCAUCGGACAAAGUUGAGGCCCGAGAGAUACGCAGCUUCUAGGGAUCUUACACGUAGCCGCAUUCACCUUCAAGCUGCGCCUACGCGGAAUUCGCGUAAUCUUGCCACUACUUUCCAGCCUCCAAUCGAACUUGAAUGGAAGUCCACGGGAAGGCAUAGCAGCUGCGGCAUAUUCAUUGGACAUUCGAACUCGCAAUAUACCGUACCUGGUCGACUAGGAAAGGUUGCUAUCCACAGUGGUACUUUGGGCAAAUCCAAGGUUGGGUCCUGGCAAACAUCAAGUCUGAACGGGUAUUUCAAGGCUCUGUCAUACCUAAACGGCAGGCCUCUGCGGUGGGUACCUGUCCACUUGGGUAGGGGGUCCCUACUACUGUUCAAGCAUACACAGCCCAAUUUCCAUGCACGAAACGUGUUCCCUGGGUUUCCACUACGCUAA